AUGCUUUUUGGCCCACCUCAUAACUGGAUGAAGGAUUUUAUCCUCACGGUUUCUAUAGUAAUCGGUGUUGGAGGGUGCUGGUUUGCUUAUACGCAGAAUAAGACAUCAAAAGAACAUGUUGCAAAAAUGAUGAAAGACUUAGAGAGUCUACAAACUGCAGAGCAAAGUCUAAUGGACUUACAAGAGAGGCUUGAGAAGGCACAGGAAGAAAACAGAAAUGUUGCUGUAGAAAAGCAAAAUCUAGAGCGCAAAAUGAUGGAUGAAAUCAAUUACGCAAAGGAGGAGGCUUGUCGGCUGAAAGAGCUAAGGGAGGGAGCUGAAUGUGAAUUGAGUAGACGUCAGUAUGCAGAGCAGGAAUUGGAACAGGUUCGCAUGGCUCUGAAAAAGGCUGAAAAAGAAUUUGAACUGAGAAGCAGCUGGUCUGUUCCAGAUUCACUUCAAAAAUGGCUUCAAUUAACACAUGAAGUAGAAGUACAGUACUACAAUAUUAAAAGACAAAAUGCCGAAAUGCAAUUAGCUAUUGCUAAGGAUGAGGUUGCUGCUUCAUAUCUGAUUCAGGCAGAAAAAAUUAAAAAGAAGAGAAGCACAGUCUUUGGAACUCUGCAUGUUGCACAUAGCUCCUCCCUAGAUGAGGUAGACCACAAAAUUCUGGAAGCAAAGAAAGCGCUCUCUGAGUUGACAACUUGUUUACGAGAACGACUUUUUCGCUGGCAACAGAUUGAGAAGAUCUGUGGCUUUCAGAUAGCCCAUAACUCGGGACUCCCCAGCCUGACCUCUUCCCUUUAUUCUGAUCACAGCUGGGUGGUGAUGCCCAGAGUCUCCAUUCCACCCUAUCCAAUUGCUGGAGGAGUCGAUGACUUAGAUGAAGACACACCCCCAAUAGUGUCACAGUUUCCUGGGACCAUGGCUAAGCCUGCUGGACCCUUAGCCAGAAGCAGUAGCUUGUGUCGCUCUCGUCGCAGCAUUGUGCCAUCUUCACCGCAGUCCCAGCGAGCUCAGCUUCCUCCACAGGCUCCUCACCCAUCACACCCUCGGCACGCUCACCAUGCCCAGCACCCACAGCACGCAUUGCCUUCCCCUGACCCAGAUAUACUUUCAGUGUCAAGUUGCCCUGCGCUUUAUCGAAAUGAAGAGGAGGAGGAGGCCAUUUACUUCUCUGCUGAAAAGCAAUGGGAAGUGCCAGACACAGCUUCAGAAUGUGACUCCUUAAAUUCUUCCAUUGGAAGGAAACAGUCUCCUCCUUCAAGCCUUGAAAUAUACCAAACAUUGUCUCCUCGAAAGAUAUCAAGAGAUGAGCUCUCCCUAGAGGAUUCCUCCAGAGGAGAUUCACCCAUAACUGCAGAUGUCUCUCGGGGUUCUCCUGACUGUGUAGGUCUGACAGAAACUAAGAGUAUGAUCUUCAGUCCUGCAAGCAAAGUAUACAAUGGCAUCUUGGAGAAAUCCUGUAGCAUGAACCAGCUUUCUAGUGGCAUCCCGGUGCCUAAACCUCGCCACACAUCAUGUUCCUCAGCUGGCAAUGACAGAAAACCAGUUCAGGAAGCCCCAAGUGUUGCCAGGAUAAGCAGCAUCCCACAUGACUUUUGUCAUAAUGGAGAGAAAAGCAAAAAGCCAUCAAAAAUCAAAAGUCUUUUUAAGAAGAAAUCUAAGUGAACUGGCUGACUUGAUGGAAUUCCAUUCAAGUGGCAUCUGUAAACUUUAUGUCCCACCCCUCCACUCCUUUUUUUUUUGUUGUUUUAAUCUUAGGAAUGUAACUCCAUUGGGACUUUCCAGACGGGAUGCCAUAGUGGAACAUCCUUAAGGGCAGCUGUCUACUGUCUGCUUAUUUAAAUGACUAUAUAGUCAAUUUGUCAAGCCGGUUAUUACCGAAAAAUUAUUGAGAUGAGACAGUUUACAGUCAUUUCUGCCUAUUUAUUUCUGCUUUGUUGUUAGCAAUGUAUAUACAACAUUUUGUUGAAAGCCGCUAUGGACUUACAAGCUUUAAUGGACUAGUAAGCCAGCAUGGGCUUGCAAAAGUUUCUUGUUUACCAGAGCAUCUUCUUAUCUUUCCACAGAGCUAUUUACAUCCUGGACUAAGUAACUCAAAACAAGUAAAACUAAUUGCACUACUUACUGUUUUCCAGACUGGAAAAAAAAAUCUGCAAGUGAAAUUGUAUAGAGUUUAUAAAAUGACUAUGGACAGGGGAUGUUUUCACUUUUAGAUCAAAAUGGAUUUUUAAGUAGAACCUAGGGUUUCUAAUUGACUUGAUUUCUGGACAUGAAAACCCACACUUUUAUUAUGGGAAGCUUCUUUAAAUGCAUUUAAUAUUAUAAAGUUUCAAGUCCUGCUGUAAAGAUCAUGUUAUUUUGUUUUUCCCAGGGCUUUCACUGUGAUUUACUGCAUUGCAGGCUGUAUGAUAAAAUAUAAAUAAUUUAAAGAGAGAAGGCUCUUGAUUCCUUAUGCAGGUUGCAGAGUUGAAACUUGAUUGAAGGACUUAAAACAUUCACAAGCUUAUACUGAGACAGGGGGAUGUGGGGUUUCAGGCACUUGUUUACAGUCUUUGAAUAACUGCAAAGAAUUUAUGGUUUAUGAAAAAUUUGUACUGUGGAAAAGAUAAUAAAUUGGAGACAUUAUUGUG